AUGUGUGGACAACAGGACCAAACUUACAAAGUGUGUUGUCCUGAAGACAACCACGAUCUCAGCAGCCACCGGAAUUUCCAUUUGUUACCAUUGACAACGUGUGGGUUCGUCCUUCAUGGGGGUAGAAUUACAAACGGGGACACAGCUAGCCCUCGAGAGUUUCCCUGGAUGGCUUUAAUCGCGUACAAAACAGAAGACGAGAACGAAUUUAAGUGCGGGGGGAGCCUCAUCACCAGAAACUAUAUUUUAACGGCGGCUCAUUGCGUAGAUGAUAAAUCCGUGCUGGGUGUUCGUCUGGGGGAGUACGACAUAUCGCUAGAGCACGAGUGUGACGACCAUCAAAACUGCGAACCUCCAGUCCAAGACAUAAUAAUAGACAAAGUAAUAAUCCACAAAAAUUAUAACCCUUCCACUUACAUCAACGACAUAGCUUUAGUUCGACUGCUAGUUCCAGCAAAUAUCGAAAAUGCUAAUAUAAAACCUAUCUGUUUACCAACCGGCGACCUACUCAAAACAAACUUAUUCGGAAAAUAUUUGACGGUAACCGGGUGGGGUACCACCGAAUCAGGUCAUAAAAGUAUGAUUUUGAAGAAAGUUUCGGUUCCAGUGGUUCGACUAAGUGCGUGUCGAAGGGCGUACGGGAAACAGAUUCUACAUCCGAAGAAACAGAUUUGUGCUGGUGGGCACGAAGGGAAGGAUUCUUGUUCUGGAGACAGUGGAGGCCCUUUGCAAUAUAUUGCUGCGACAGGGGGGUCGCAGCGGUACGUUCAAGAUGGUAUAGUGUCGUAUGGGCCGAAACAGUGUGGCCUGGAAGACUGGCCUGGGAUUUAUACGAACGUUAAGGAGUACAUGUCGUGGAUACUGGAUAAUAUAGGACCAUAG